AAGAUUUUGCGACGCAAAGUCACAACGCCUGGCAAGACCAAUCAGGAAGGUUUAGGGAGUUGAAAACGGGAAAAAGGUAAUAGUAUACCGUUCUCUUAUCCAUUCUCCCACCACGUUGCCGCACUUGAAUCAAAAUGAAUGUGUUGAAUGCGCUGCUAGUAUGCUCCCUGGUGACCCUGGUCUCAAUCGGUCAGGGUACUACAGCCAGUACCAAUACCCUUUCCGACGCAGAGAUUGCUCUGUGCAAGAUCCCCGCUUUGAGUAGUCUCCUCUCCUACUGCGCCUUCAUCGACAGGGAAUGCGUGUACACGCCGUGGGCGUCAUGGACUCCCAUCCGCUUCGCCACCGCUAAAGAGUCGAAGGGAAAGCGGUGCUCGGGGCGACCGCUCGUCUACCAGGGCACUAGGUGGGUGUCCAUCGGCGAACGUUCCCAGUGUACUGCUUCGCUGACCAAGACUGAAGUCAGAUGUCCGCCAUCGACUGCGGAGCAGAUUGAGCUCUUUCAAGAGGUACUCGGAGGGAACUUUGGUCGCACACCCGCUCUCGCUCCGCAAGGUCCACGACCGAACAAAAAGGGGAGCUGGAGGUCCCCCGCACCUCCUCCGUUGCCCGUUGUCACCCGCGACAUAGCUCUUGUCCUGGACGGGUCUAGCAGCGUUGGUAGGGCAGCGUAUAACAAGAUGGUGGAUGAUCUGGCUGAGCUGAUGGGCCUAUUGUGCUACACGUUCACGCGUGCUAAUGCUGCCUCGGACGUCCGUAUCGCCUUGGUGGUCUAUUCCAGGAAGGUGCACAAAGUGUUCGACUUUCGCUUCUCUAAGCUGCACCACACCAGCAGGAAUCGCAUUGUUUCCUCCAUCAAGAGAGCUAAGGUGUAUUACACGGGCCAGGUGACUGCCACUGGCCCUGCUCUGCGCUACUGUUACAACAGGAUCUUCACACGGGCGGCGGGUAUGUCUCAAUUCAGCAUGAAACGAGUACUGCUGAUCACUGACGGCUAUUCAAACCGUGGCGAGAAGCCGGUACCCGUGGCGGAGAAAUUGGUGCGGGACAAGCAAGUGCAAGUCUUCCCAGUUGGCGUCGGAGACCGAAUCAGAGUGAGCGAGCUGGUGGCCAUGCGUCAGGCUGACGGCAACGCCAACCUAUUGCACACUCUCAUCCUGCUACCAACCUUCACAACCCUGUCCGAUAUUCUUUCCACGGUCCGCAACUCCGCAGCCUUGUCCGUCGACAGGUGCCAGGCGAGGCUGUUCAAGAAAUGAAGACAUUUUCAAACCUCCACCCAAGAUCACAGUAAGAUCACUGCCACCGCGUUGAACUGAUAAUUAUAGCUUUCUUCAGACAACAUGACUGUGUUGCUGUCCACUUACGGCUGCGGAAAACCCCCAAAGAACAGCUUAUGCACAGUAGAGCAAUCUAAAAAUUAUUGAUGUUCGAACCAUAGCAAAACGAAAAAGUUUAGUAUACUUUGCUUGCCAUAUUGUUGCUCUGAUUAGCCCCCCCCCCCCCCUCCUCUCUCUCUCUCACUCUCCCAGCCCACCCUGAUGAGCAUCAGAGUGGCUUGACGCCUCUGUCGGAUUCUUUCGUAAUGAUCUGCAGACUCAACAAAUUGAUUUCCUUUUUCAUUUCUAAAUGUAGCUUGUCCAUUCGCUCUUAUAAUCAUUAGGCAUUGUUCCCGUUUAUACGCAAGUCCAAUGCAUGUCACAACCUCUGCAUUGUUUUCUUGUGCAUACACUAACACCAUGUUACUCUUAAAGCCUAGCCGUCGCAAUCGUAUCCACCACUGACAGUGCAUCACCACAGAGUAUUCAGGUAAAAGACAUCAAAUUACGAUCGCAAAGUACACGAUUUACAUGCAGAGUGAUUCCGUUUCCCCUGACC